AUGAAGUCCUUCACCUCUGAAACGACCAAUGUCCCUGUAACAUGUGAGGAAGAAGAAGAAGAAGAGUCUCAAAAAACCAGUAUGACAUACACAGAUUUAAUAUCAACACUUCCGAAAGUACCCAGAUGGAUAUCGAGACACUUCAAGACUCAGCCCAGAGAUAUUAUUAUAUGCAGCGCUCCAAAAACUGGCACCACAUGGCUCAUGGCCUUAACUUUUGCC